UCGCAGAGUUAGUUAACCUAUUAUAACAUAAUAGAAGAUUCACAUGUACAGUGAUUAUCAAUGAUAUACGAUUAAUGUUUUUAUGUGAAUUGAAUUAGAUUAUAUAUCUCUUAAAAUGAAACUAAAAAAUUUACGAAUAAAUCCUUUAAAUCGAAUUCAAAAAGAAAGAAAAGAAGAACCAAGCACUUCAGAAAAUAAAACGUCGGAGGUUAUUUUACCAUCGGACAGCAAUUUUAAUCAUAUAAAGUGCAAAGCAGUACGAUAUAAAAAAUGUCAACAAUUAAUGAAAGAAAAAAUAAAGGCCAAAAAAGAAGCCAAAAAAAAAAGAAUUCAAGAAGGAGGUCCAAAACAAAUUCCACAUACCAUUGAAAGCUUAAGAGAGAAAGAUGAAACUAUUGUCACUGGUAGUCUUGAGGAUGAAGAAAAUGCUGAACUUAAAGUUGAUUUUGAACAUGAUGAAUUUGCUGCUUAUUAUAAGCAUACUUAUGAUCCUAAAGUUUUAAUUACAUAUUGUGAUAAUCCAACAAGGAAAACUAGAAUUUUUGGUGUAGAACUUACAAGGAUAAUACCAAAUUCAAUUUCUUUAUAUAGAAAUCGUUCUGGAGUGAAGAAAAUGGUUAAAAGUGCUAUUGCAAGAAAUUUUACAGAUAUUAUAAUUAUUAAUGAGGAUCAAUGUAAACCUAAUGGUAUGUUAAUUAUUCAUCUACCUGAUGGGCCAACAGCACAUUUUAAGCUUAGCAAUGUUAAAAUAACUCCAGAAUUAAAACGUAGUCAUAAAGAAAUUUCUAAACAUAGACCAGAAGUUAUUUUAACUAAUUUCACAACUCGCUUGGGUUGUACUAUUGGUAGAAUGUUAGGAGCACUAUUUCAUUAUCAACCUGAAUUUAAAGGCAGUAGAGUUGUAACAUUUCAUAAUCAACGAGAUUAUAUAUUCUUCAGACAUCAUAAGUACCAAUUUGAUCUUGAAACAGCUAAGCCUAGAUUAAGAGAAUUAGGACCUAGAUUUACUUUAAGACUAAAAUCUCUGCAACAAGGAACAUUUAACAGUAAACAUGGAGAAUAUGAAUGGCUUAUUCAAGGAAAAAGACAUGAUAUGGAAACUAGUAGAAGAAAAUUCUUUUUAUAAAAACAUAAAUGAUUUUAACAGACAUGUUUUAUUACCUCGAAUAAACAGUGAAAUUGUUAUAAGAAAUAUAGAAAUUUCUAUUUAUUAAGCUCUUAUAAAAUAUAAAUUUAUAAUAAAGAUAUUAAAAUUAA